AUGGCUUUCUCAUCCAGCAGCUCCCUCGGUAGCUUCAACGCUCUGCCCCUGAGCAAUGAGCCUUUCACAACAUAUGGGCCGAACACGAGCGAGCGAGAGUUGCUGAAGCAAGCAUUGAAAGAUGUAGAAGCCGGUGCCCCUUAUGAAGUGUUCCCUAACGUGAACGGCUGCGAUGAAACUGGCGACCUAUCGGAGACGCAGUGCAGCCCCUUCAAGCACAGCCUCGUCCUCGCCAAGUACUCGCAUGGUACGCCAGAGCUCGUAUCGAAGGCCAUCAAAGGAGCUCUCGAGGCGAAGAAGUCAUGGUGCCGAACUUCACUUCACGAUCGUGCGGCGAUCUGCUAUCGCGCAGUAGGCCUGCUGCGAGGACCGUACCGUUAUCGCAUGCUGGCCGCGACCAUGCUCGGACAGGGCAAGAAUGCCUAUCAAGCAGACAUUGAUUGCUACGCUGAGUCCAUCGAUUUCCUGCAAACAUUCCCAGCUCUGGCGGAGCAGCUGUACAAGAAUCAGCCACCCUUCAACGCUCCCAAUGUCUGGAAUCGAACAGAGGCGAGGCCGUUGGAUGGGUUCGUCUAUGCCGUCACGCCUUUCAACUUCACUGCUCUCGCUGUCAACUUGGUCAUGGCACCCAUCAUCAUGGGUAAUGUGGUGAUCUGGAAGCCAAGUCCUGGGGCCAUCUAUUCCAACUACCUCUUCCAGCAGAUUAUGAUAGAGGCUGGUCUGCCGCCCGGUGUUCUACAGUUUCUUCCGGGUGAUGCUGAGCUCGUUACCGACGUCGUCUUAAGCAGUCGAGAGCUGGGAGGCUUGCACUUCACGGGUAGCACAGCGGUGUUUCGGUCUUUAUCCUCAAAGAUAGGCGCUAACAUGAGCUUCUGGAGAUCUUAUCCUCGGGUCGUGGGCGAGACAGGUGGCAAGAACUUUCAUCUCCUACACCCCACGGCAGAUGUCAAGAACGCGGCUCUCAAGAGUGUCCGAGCAGCGUUCGAGUACCAGGGCCAGAAGUGUAGUGCGCUUUCUCGCAUCUACGUGCCUGAGAGCCUUGCGAAAGAAUUCAAGGACAUCGUGGCAAAGGAGGCUGAUGCCAUCAAGAUGGGCUCCGCUUUCACAGAUUUCAUGGGCCCCGUCAUCAGCCGGUCGGCUUUCAACAGGGUCUCUCAGUACAUCAAAGAGGCAAAGUCCGACUCAGUUGUCAAUAUCCUUGCUGGGGGCACAUUCGACGACUCAGAAGGAUUCUUCAUCCGACCAACCGUCAUUGAGACUACGGAUCCCAAGUCGAAAUACAUGAGCGAAGAGAUCUUCGGACCGUUUGUCUGCAUCUACGUCUAUAAGGACGAAGAUUAUGGCAGCGGACUGUUCGACCUCAUCGAAUCGACCACCGACUAUGCCUUGACUGGUGCAGUUUUCGCAAAGAACCGAGCGGCGAUCAUCGAAGCCACAGAGGGGCUGCGCUUCGCUGCUGGUAACUUCUACAUCAAUGAUCAGUGUACUGGGGCUAUGCCGGGCCAGCAGCCCUUCGGGGGGUCACGGGCGAGCGGCACGAAUGACAAAGCUGGAACAGCAGGUCUUCUUACGAGAUUCAUGUCGCAAAGGACGAUUAAGGAGAACUUCAGCAGCAUCAACAACAUCCUGUAUUCAUCAAAUUUAGAAUAA